AGUCUCACGCUGUUGGCCAGCUAGAAGAACUAAAUAACAAUCAUGAAAACUCAGAGUGGAAAUAUCACACACCUGAAAACGUAAACUGUGUUAUAAAUAUAUGGUGGUAUCUUUCCUGAAGUCUGCGUGGCUUGCUCUACACCUUUUUUUAGUAGCUGCUGAGUUCAUCAUCUGCCUUCCGUUCACCUGUCCUAGUGCCAGAACCUGACCGAGAGUAAACAAGGAAAUGCGGGAAGUCGCAAACUUUAGUCUGUGCAACUGACGCGAAACUGCACUCGCAGAGGGGGGAGAGUUCAUGGCGCAGCGCGGUGGCUGCAAUGGGGAACGUCGUCCGGCGCUGCACAGCCAGGAAAAGUUCCAAAAAAGGUAAAUCAAAAAAGAACAGUACAGUUUCCGAGAAGAGGACAAGAGACAACAAGCAUGUGCAGUCAAGGAUACAUGAAGAUUCUCAUCCCUAUGAUGAAGUAGCUCCUGACAUACCAUUAUAUGCUCAAGUUAAUAAAAAGAGGCUGGAAGAUGUCCAUUAUGCUGAAGUUCAUGUCGUUCAACAGGGAUCUCGAAGCACUCUCAAGCAAGUUAAGGCAAGACAGAAAGAAAACGCAACAGAGUAUGCGACCAUUAACUUCACUCCUGUGGUAAAAUAUGACAGAAAAAAUGGGACUCUAGUAUAAUGCCAAACAAAUUUUGUAUGGCUUAAAACAAAAUGGAUCUUUUGUAUUCAUUUGAAAAGGACACUGUUAGCAGUUGCAAAAUACAAAACUGGUUGUGACCUUGCCAAAAUAAUAAUUUACCAAUAAAUUAUGGAUAUUUUUAUGGAUGCUCAUCUUAACCAAAAUGGGCAAAAAUUGCAAGUGUAUUACUGUAUCAAUAUUACAACACUCUCAUGACACACCUUUUUUUCUUUGGCUCGUGAUUAAAAGAUGUCAUUCUUAAAAAUAUGCUGCUUAUAAUGUGCCUUUUACAUGACAUAUCACACUCAGAGUGAGGGGAAAAAUCCCCUUUGGAAGUGUUUAUACUUGUUAAACUAUAGUGUGACUUUUAAAAUGAUUCCUCUUCAAGCCACUUUUCCCAAUUGACCAACAGUCUAUAUUUAAUAAAAUAAUUCAACUGUCUGGUAUCUCCAAAGUAAUAAUUUAACUGAGAUUACAGAACCAUCGCGGGAGAGAUGAUUUGAUAUAUAUCCUAAAUGUUAGAUAGCAGAUUAAAGGACUAAGUGCUAAGGUUUUAGCCUUUUCUUAAUGUAUAUCAGUCUUGAACUAAAGUGGUUCCAGUUUCUUACAAGAUUAAGGUACAGAUUUUAAAUUUUUGGCGGUUGAAUGUAACUUCCGAUUGAGCCCAUUCACUACAUGUAACUUUUCACAAUUUAGCACUUGGUUAUUGCUGAGUGAAAUGGUCACUAAUAUAGAGUUUGGAUAAAAUUGUGUGGUAACAUCUGAGGUUGGGUUCAAAGAAUAUUAUUGAAAAGUUGGUUUUACAUUGUUUCUAACUUCUAUAAACGAAAUGUGUACUGACUCUCGAUACAACAACUGAAGGGAAAUGUCCAUUUUCCAUCCUGUAUCUUUCACCAGAGCGCACAUCUCACUGAUCUUGUAUACCAGUCUCUCAGCUGAUCAUUGGCCUGGGUUGAUAUUACAACGUAAGGAAUGUUCCGUUAAAGCUCGAAGCUUUCCUGUUCUCUUUCGCAUGUGAAAUGCCCAAUGAUAUUAAUAUAAGCUUAUUACACUAGUUGCAUACACAGUAACUAGCAAUGUAGACUAUUUUGUAAUAUUGUGGAUAUAUUAACAACUGUUCCAUAAGAAUGGACAAGUUCUGAUUAGUGAACAAAAAUAUAAAGCCUUAAUGAAGAUUUCCAAAAAAUGUUUUAGUACACUACAACCAUCUUUAUGUUCCUAUCCUUGGUUAAGUGGCAUUGAAUCCUAAAUUGAAAAAAAAAGUUAUUCCACCCUUAAGUUUUGUUUGGGUAUGCUGUGAUGUGUACUAGGAUAAAUUUGCACUUGAUUAAACCUUUAUUUGAUGAGUUACCUGAAUAUUUUGUAAUGACUUGUAUGCUUAAAGCACUUGAUUGUGUACAGAUAUUGUAAAUAUAUCAAUUUUGAAAAGUACCAUUAUUAUGUUUUUAUUAGUUGUAUGGGGAGGAAUAUUCAAAGGGUCGUGGUGGUCUUGGGGCCUGAGUGUGGGUACAGAUUUGAAGAUCUUUGCCCUGAAAGUCAUCUCAGAAUUCCAAAGCCUUUGGGACUGUUCUGUAUUUUUAGCAUUUUUGAGGUACGUGCUCCUUUGGUCUCAGCACUACACCAAACCUUGUCGUCCAUGGUUGUUUUCAACCUCAUGGCCUUCUGUGGAGCUCCUGCUUGAAUUGGCAAAGCAGCAGCAGCCUCCAAAAUGGCUGCUGCUGGAUUUGGCACUACACUUCCCUCCUGCUCCAUUUGGACAUUAAAUAUUUUUUUAAAAUGUGACAUGGUAACAAGGUGUUGGGCCUAGAACUCACCUGAGUGCUGAAAUUUUUCCGUCCCUGGCUGCUAAAGGUUGGCAGUAGUCAAAUCAAUUUUGAAGUGUUCAGAUUGGAAUACAAAAUACGUGGUUUCUUUAUUUUGUUUGUACAAUGAUGGAAAAUAUUUAAGUCUGAUUUACUUCAAUUAUCACAUGGAAGUUACUGCUGUUCUGGUGUAGAAAUGUUUGAUUAUGAACUGGAUUGAUCAAAAUAUUCUUGUUACAUUAACACAAAUGCCCUCAAAAUGGUCAAAGAUUACACAUGUGCACCAUUGUAGGUAUUCUACAAGAACCGUCUGUGUUCAAUAAGGAUAAAAAUAUUUGAAUGAGGAGGCAUUUGUACAUCAGAUUUUGUUUAAGAUUAAAA